AUGGCAACGUCAAGCAAGCAGUACAAGGCCAUCGGCGAAGACAUAUGGAAGGGCAGAACGGAGAAAAUUAACGCAGAGCUCUUUGCUUUGACGUAUGGCGCUCUGGUCGUGCAACUUAUACAAGACUACGAGGACUAUGCCGAGGUCAACAAGCAACUCGAGAAAAUGGGUUAUAAUAUCGGCACGCGUCUGAUCGAGGACUUCCUGGCGAGGAGUAAUAUUGGACGCUGCUCUGACUUUAGGGACGUGGGCGAGGCCGUGGCCAAGGUCGGAUUCAAGUCAUUCCUCAACAUUACACCCACCGUCACACAUUCUCAGCUACCACCCACGUCACCCACCGCCCCCUCUACCCAGGCAGGGACGUCAUUUGUCUUGACGCUGGACGAGAAUCCGUUGGCCGAGUUCGUAGAGUUGCCAGAAGAGGCUCUCGAAGGUGGACUAUGGUUUAGCAAUGUUCUCUGCGGUGUGCUACGAGGGUCAUUAGAAAUGAUUCAAAUGCAAGUCCAGGUCGAUUUUUUGUCCGACGUAUUAAGAGGUGAUGAGAGCACUCAGAUCCAAGUCAAACUGGUGAAGUAUUUAGAGGAGGAAGUCCCGGUGGGAGAUGAUUAG